AUGGACAGAUACCAGUAUGAGCCGCUGCCGCCAGACGGCAAGCACAUCCGGCUGGCGGUGCUUCACCCGCGCGCGUCCCCCCGCCCAGAGGACAUCCGCAUCACCAUCCAGCACGCGCCGCUGGAGGCCCGGCCCUUUAUGGCCCUGUCGUACGUCUGGGGAGACGCAAGCGACAGGCUCGACGUCGCCGUCGCCCAGUCGACGACCGACGCGCCGGCCAAGCGCCUCUCGGUCACGGCCAACCUGGCAGAGGCCCUCGGCCACCUCCCCUACGCCCACAGCCACAACGCCCUCCCGGUCCCCAGCCACAUCGUCCUCUGGGUCGACGCCGUGUGCAUCAACCAGCAGGACCUGGAAGAGCGCGCGCGGCACGUCCCCCUCGUGGCCGAGAUAUACGCCUCGGCGGAGCGAGUCCUCGCGUGGACCGGCCCCUCCACCCCCGGCAGCAACGUGGCCGUGAACCUGCUGCACCGCAUCGCCGACUCACGGACCGGGUGCGCGGACCCCCGUGACCGGGUCUACGGCGUGCUGGGGAUCCUGCCGCCGGCCGCGCGGGGAGUCGCGGCGCGCAUCGCGCCCGACUACAGAAAGCCCGUGGUGGAAGUGUACAAGGAGCUGGUGCUCGCCGAGAUGGAGGUGACGCGCAGGGCCGACCUCGUGUCGGAGUGCCGGCGGCCCGACUCCACUUGUCCGGGUCGGCGGCCGUCGUGGGUGCCGGACUGGACCGUGAGGCGGGAGCGGGACCUGUGGCCGACGCCGCAGUGCGCCGAUGGGCAGUCGGCCGUGUCUGCGUGUGUGGUCGACGGGGGGCAAGGGCUGGCCAUCAAGGGCGUCUUGGCCGCGACCGUCGUCGACGUUGUCCCCAUGGCCGUUGCACGGAGCGCGGCGCCGCAGGAUCCGAUACUGCCGUCCGUCGUCGCUCUCAUACGCGAGGUCGCCGCCAAACUCCAUCUUUCCGAUGGGCCGGGUUACCGACCGUCGCGGGCGGACGGCAUGCUUGAGGCUCUGUGUUACGCACUGUCGGGUGGCUGCCUUGCCGAUGACAUGGCGGACGAAAUGAGGGAUGCGACCACGCCCAGCAUGGCCCAGUUUCAGCGGCUGAUUAGGUUUGCGCUCGACACUACGGUUGGCGAUGCUUCUCCUGCGACAGAGCCGAGCCGGGACGUCAUGACGGACGUCUUUCUCUGCGUCGGAAGCAUGGUGCGGGCGUGUGAGGAGACAGCGCUGCUCAUUACCGAGGAAGGCUUUGUCGGGGCCGGGCCGGCGCUUACACGGCCGGGGGACCAGGUCUCAGUCAUGCUGGGCUGCAUGAGACCACUGGUGCUACGGGCCCAGGAGGUAUGGAGCGGUGGUGGUGGUGGCGGCACUGAAAACAGCAGCACGUAUGCCGUUGUCGGGCCCUGCAACGCACAUGGCUUGAACUGGGGAGAGGCUCUGCUUGGUCCGUUGCCGGAGGACGUGCGCCUCACAUGGGGCCCGUCCGGGCCUGUUUUCAGGAAUAGAAACACGGGUGAAGAUGCGGCGGCAGAUCCCAGGAUCGACUGGGACCUGCUGGAAGUCGGCGCCAAGGAGGAUGCCUUUGUGCAGAGGGCCGCCACGACAGACGGAGUGACCAUGUACAAGAGGCCUGAUGCGGCGUAUUUUGCCAACAAGGGCGCCAGACUGAGAACCUUUCACUUGGUAUAA